ACGUUCAUGUUCGUUCGUUCGUUCUCUCCAACAACAACAAGCAAGCAACAAGCAAGCAAGACAAUGUCAAGAGCGUUGGUGAUGUUGAGUGCGGACAACGAUGCGAACGACAACCACAGUGGGACAACAACGACGAUGACACGCGCAGAGGAGUUGCUGAUGAGGCUGCAGUUGCAGCUGUGCACCCCGAGCUAUGACACGUUCCCCACAAGUGUCGCAGCGCCGGCAAAGCGGUGUGACACAGGUGGCAACAACAACUUCCUGAAGGGCUGCCAGUGGGCUCCGGACGGCCUGUGUAUCUUGACGUGCAGCGAUGACAACCGCCUUCGCCUGUUCAACCUCCCGGACGCGCUCCUUCAGGACAGCAGCAGCGGCAUGGAUACACAGAAUGACGCCGCGCUUGCAGACCAAGAGGACCGAGCGAGUGACAGACCAACGGCAGCGCCACAUGGACAACAGCUAACACCCACGGCAUCGCACGUUCACAGCAAUGACGGCAGUGACGACAUUGGUGCAGAGGACAGGGGUGUUGGUGGUGCUGCGUCAACUUGGCAGCCCGUGCUGACGGCGGCGGAAGGAGAGCUGGUGUAUGACUACUGCUGGCUGCCAGGCAUGACCUCAGAGGACCCGUCGAGCUGCUUGUUUGUGACCUCGUGCCGAGACCACCCCGUGCAUGCGUGGGACGCGUUCACGGGCACGUUGAUCGGCUCGUAUCGCAGCUACGACCAUGGGACAACAUCGACGAUGACACGCGCAGAGGAGUUGCUGAUGAGGCUGCAGUUGCAGCUGUGCACCCCGAGCUAUGACACGUUCCCCACAAGUGUCGCAGCGCCGGCAAAGCGGUGUGACACAGGUGGCAACAACAACUUCCUGAAGGGCUGCCAGUGGGCUCCGGACGGCCUGUGUAUCUUGACGUGCAGCGAUGACAACCGCCUUCGCCUGUUCAACCUCCCGGACGCGCUCCUUCAGGACAGCAGCAGCGGCAUGGAUACACAGAAUGACGCCGCGCUUGCAGACCAAGAGGACCGAGCGAGUGACAGACCAACGGCAGCGCCACAUGGACAACAGCUAACACCCACGGCAUCGCACGUUCACAGCAAUGACGGCAGUGACGACAUUGGUGCAGAGGACAGGGGUGUUGGUGGUGCUGCGUCAACUUGGCAGCCCGUGCUGACGGCGGCGGAAGGAGAGCUGGUGUAUGACUACUGCUGGCUGCCAGGCAUGACCUCAGAGGACCCGUCGAGCUGCUUGUUUGUGACCUCGUGCCGAGACCACCCCGUGCAUGCGUGGGACGCGUUCACGGGCACGUUGAUCGGCUCGUAUCGCAGCUACGACCAGUACGAUGAAAUUGCAGCGCCCAAGGCCCUCGCCUUCACCAACGACAGUUCGCAGCUGCUCUGCGGCCACCGCGGGCUGCUGCACAUCUUCGACGUGGAGCGGCCUGGCCGCGAUUACACCGCCUGGGACUUGACAAGACAACACAUGAAGGGCGUGGUGUCAACGCUUGCGUUCAGCAACCACGACGACAGGCUGCUGGCGGCCGGGUGCUACGGUGGCGACGUCGCCCUCAUGGACUGCUCAUCCCGGACCAUCGCCACGCACAUCCGCGUGUCAUCCGGCGUCACGCACGUGCUCUUCAGCCCGCACGACCCGCACGUGUACGUGGGCACGCGCAUGGACCCGCACAUCUGGGGAUACGACGUGCGCAACAUGGCACGGCCGCUGCUGGGCCUGCAGCGCGGCGUCACCACCAACCAGCGCAUGUACUUUGACAUCGACCCGAGUGGGCAGUACCUCAUCACGGGGCAACAGGACGGCAGCAUUGUGUGCUACGAUCUCUGGUCGUGCGUCUCUUCGGACGGACCAGACACCACCAUUACAGACCCAGCGUACACGCUGCGCAGAACAGCGACCACAGCGCACAUCCACACUGCCGCCACCAACGGUGUGUCCAUACACCCGUAUCUGCCGUUGCUCGCGACAGCGUCAGGGCAGCGCAUGUUUGAACUCGUUGGUGAUGACAGCGACAGCGACGAUGAGGAGGACGCUGAUGAGGAGGACGCUGAGGAGAGAGAUGAGGAGGAGGAAGCAGAGGCGUGUUUGGUUCCCGACAACACGCUCAAGGUGUGGCGGCUCAAGUGGGAUGUGUACGAGCAAGGCUGAGUGGAAUGGAUGAUUGGUGGCGCGUACAUGCUGGC